AAACCAUAAAGUAAAGGGUUACUAUGAUAAACAAACAAAAAGAUUCCUCUUCCCCCAUACAAUAGUACUUUACUCUGUUAUUCCCAAAACCGAUCCUCCUCCUCCUCUCUCUCUCUCAUCUUCCCCACCGGUGAUUUCUUACAGAAUCAAACUAAAUCCCAGAUAGCAGAACGAUACAAGGAAUUAAGAGGAGGAAAAGGGCAGAAGGGGGCGCCAUGGCUGGGUGCUUGAGCUUGAUGCUGCUGAUGGGUGUUGUGAUGUUAUCAGUUGUGGGUUUGGAAGUGCGUGGGAAUUCGGAAGGGGACGCGCUUUCGGCGCUCCGCCGGAGCUUGUCGGAUCCGGACAAGGUGCUUCAGAGCUGGGAUCCGAACCUCGUCAAUCCAUGUACCUGGUUCCACAUCACCUGCAAUCAAGAUAACCGCGUCACUCGCUUGGAUCUGGGCAAUUCAAACUUGUCCGGUCAUCUUGUUCCUGAACUCGGAAAACUUGAGCAUCUGCAAUAUCUGGAGCUUUACAAAAACAACAUUCAAGGAACCAUCCCAGUUGAGCUAGGUAACUUGAAGAGCCUAAUUAGCUUGGACUUGUAUGACAAUAACAUCUCAGGGAUCAUCCCUCCUUCAUUGGGCAAGUUGAAAUCGCUAGUAUUCUUGCGUCUUAAUGAUAAUCAGUUAACUGGACCAAUCCCUAGGGAGCUCCGUGGUAUUUCAAGCCUGAAAGUUGUAGAUGUCUCAAAGAACAACCUUUGUGGAACGAUCCCUACCUCUGGUCCAUUUGAGCACAUUCCAUUGAGCAACUUUGAGGACAAUCCUCGACUAGAAGGUCCGGAGUUGGGGGGGCUUGCGACUUAUGAUACAAAUUGCUAUUGAGAAAAUGGAUGAUCAGAUGCCGCCACUUGCGACUGUUUCUAGCUAAUAAUUUGUAAUCUCUUUGCUUAAGAAUGUUGGUGUUCGUUGUACUUUACGAAGUUGUAUGCAGAUUUAAGUCCUCAAUUAUGAUGGGAUGGCUAAUACACGGUCAACUGUAACUGUACUUUUGGGUAAUGUAAAUGUAGAUGAAUUGGACAA